AUGGAGGGGGACAAGACAGAAGAGUGUGGAGGUCGAGACUGCAGCGUCUGCCAGUGUUUCCCCCCGAAAGGAGAGCAGGGGAAUCCUGGUAUGUUGGGUCGCCAGGGCCCCCAGGGGCCCCAAGGUUUUCCUGGCCCCCCUGGACUUCGUGGUGAUAAGGGAGAACGUGGAAUAAUAGGGUUUCCUGGGGUUUCUGGUCCAAAGGGAGAACUGGGUGCUCGAGGAGUUGAAGGCCAUGCUGGAUUAGAUGGAGUGCCUGGUCAUCCUGGGCCUGGUGGUCUUCCUGGGCUUCCUGGAAAGGAUGGCUGUAAUGGAACCAAAGGGGAAUGUGGGCUGAAUGGUGAGGUGGGACAUCCCGGCCUUCCAGGACCUGUGGGACUGCCUGGGUUAAAAGGGGCCAAAGGAGACCCCUUUUAUAGGACGAUUUAUCUACCUGGAAAACCUGGUGCCGAAGGACCACCAGGAAUAGUUGGACCACAAGGACUUCAAGGGAUUCCUGGCCCAAAAGGUCCUCCAGGAUGGGUGGGAUCUGAUGGCCCUAAAGGUGAACCAGGUGUUAAAGGUCCAAGAGGGCCACCGGGAGACCCGGGAAGAUCACUGGCAGGACCAAAAGGAGAUGAGGGCGAUCAGGGUAUACAGGGCGAUCCAGGCCCAUUUGAAUAUGUAGAGCCCAACCCAGAAGACUACAUAAAAGGAGAAAAGGGGGAACAGGGACCAAGGGGGUAUAUUGGAAUACCUGGCCAGGAAGGUCCUGAAGGGGCUUCAGCAGAAAAAGGAGAGAAAGGCGUGAUUGGGUUGCCUGGAGUCAGAGGUCCACCUGGAUAUCCAGGCCAAACGGGGCGUCAAGGACCUAAGGCUGAACGUGGUGUGAAUGGUCUCCCUGGUCUCUAUGGCACCAAAGGGCUGAUGGGCAUCCCAGGUGACCCUGGACCUAAAGGAAAACCGGUUGAAUCUAAAAAAUAUGUGAUAGGACCACCUGGAGAUCCUGGACCACCUGGAAAUCCUGGAGCACCUGGUGACAGAGGGCUGAUGGGUAUACCUGGACCCCCUGGUGAUCGAGGACUAUCUAUAGCAGGUGCAAUGGGUGACACUGGUUUAAUGGGUCUCAGUGGACUCAAAGGACAAAAAGGUGACCCUGGAAAAAUAUAUGGGUCACUUAUGAGCUACGGGGAACCUGGAAAACGGGGUUUUCCUGGACCUAAAGGACAAAAAGGAAAUUCUGGUGCUCCUGGUUAUUACUGCCUUCCUGGUGAACGUGGAGAUCUUGGACGAAAAGGAGAGAGAGGGAUUGUCGGAUAUAAAGGUGUCCAGGGAAGAAAAGGUCCUGAUGGAGGAUGUGCAUGUGAUCCUCCUGGGGAUCUGCCUGGUGAUCCUGGCCCUCCAGGCCCUCCGGGUGACCCCGGUGAUCCUGGGCAGAAAGGUUUCAGAGGUCCCCUUGGUGAAAUUGGGCUUAGUGGAGACAAUGGUGUGAAUGGGAUAACUGGUUCCAGAGGCUUAACGGGUCCCAGAGGUGUGAAAGGAAAGAAAGGAGAGGUCAUGACGUUAAGCAGAAAAGGGGAGAAAGGUGAUCUGGGACCUGUUGGACAACAUGGAAAACAAGGAUAUACUGGGAAAACGGGGGUUGAUGGGAUAGAUGGCGACCCUGGAGAUCCUGGACCUUUAGGAGAUGAUCUCUUUGGUCCACCAGGUGACAGAGGGUGUCAGGGCACUGUUGGUGUGAAAGGCAUCAGGGGUCAGACUGGACCUCCUGGUGGAUGUAUUAUGGGGUCAAUCGGGCGACGGGGACAACAAGGAGACCCCGGACCUCAAGGCAUGGCAGGAUUCCCUGGCCCUAAAGGGCUUCAAGGUGAAACUCUGCCCUGUGGACCUGGCAUACCUGGACCCCGUGGUUGCAAAGGAAUGCCUGGUGGUAUAGGUGACAAAGGUAAGCUUGGAAAUCCAGGAUGCAUUGGACAAAACGGAACAAGGGGACCCAAGGGAGAAAUAGGAGAACCUGGGGAUUGUGGAGUCACUGGACAAAGAGGUCCAGAUGGAUAUUUAGGAGAUCUAGGUGAACCUGGCCCCUGCGGCAUCAGUAUUAAUGGCUCACCUGGAAUACCUGGCAGUCGUGGACCCGCAGGUCUGAAGGGCUCUUGUGGAGAUCGUAUGUUCGGGGCUCCAGGGCCGCUGGGGCCCUCUGGGGUUCAGGGAUGUCAGGGCCCUAAAGGUGUCCCAGGACCUCCAGGACCUAUUGGAUUGCAAGGUAUGUCUGGUGUUCCAGGUUAUCCUGGUAGAAAAGGGGAAAGGGGGAAGGAUGGUGCACCAGGACCACCUGGAUGCCCAGGCAAAAGUCCAGAGCAGUGCGAUAAAGGAGAUGAGGGUCUGCCUGGCAAGAAAGGAGAACAGGGCUUAAUUGGACAUAGAGGCUGCCCUGGAGAGAAGGGGUCGCUUGGGGAGCUGGGAUGUCCAGGCAUUGGAGCCAAAGGAGCCCGGGGAAAACCUGGUACCCCUGGACCUCAAGGAUGCAUAGGCCUUCAGGGACCCGCAGGAAUCAACGGGGAGUGUGGAAAUCAAGGAUAUCCUGGACUAAAGGGUUUGCCUGGACCUUGUGGACAAAACGGCUGUCCUGGAAACAUCGGGCAGACGGGCUAUGUAGGACCUCCUGGACCGAAAGGCUUAAAGGGUCUCAAUGGAUGUUCAGGCUUCCCUGGGUUUAAUGGAACCAAGGGACAGAAAGGAUGUGUUGGGCCUCCAGGCUUUCCAGGAGACUUGUUUUAUCACCCUGUGAAAGGAGAAAUAGGGCCACCUGGACCCCAUGGUGAGAAUGGCUUCUGUGGAGAAAGAGGUGAUAAAGGGGAUCCAGGUCCACCGGGAACACCAGGGUAUCCAGGUCUGAACGGACCUCCAGGUUUUGAAAGGGGCUGUCGUGGACCACCAGGUGCUCGUGGGGUGCCUGGUGAGCCUGGUGUACGUGGACCACGUGGGCCAAAGGGAAUUGUGGGAUUCCCAGGGGAAAAUGGUGAUAAUGGGGAUCCUGGAUUGAGCGGCAUGCCAGGAACUCCUGGUUAUCGUGGAUAUGAUGGUCCUAAAGGCGACAGUGGUGAAUCUAUUUGUACGCCUGGGCGAACAGGUGAGAGAGGGCCAUGUGGAGACAGUGGUGUACCAGGUCCCUGUGGUGACAGAGGAGACAAUGGUGACAUUGGUUCAGCAGGUCGAGAUGGAAACUGUGGCCCCCCUGGGCCGCCCGGGAUCAAUGGUCAUAGUGGACCUCCAGGAGUGGUUGGGCCCCCAGGUUCUUGUGGUAGACAUGGUCUAGAAGGACCUCCGGGGCCUCCAGGUCCACCGGGCAGUAAUGGAAAUGAAGGAUGCACUGGCCUUCGAGGACCUCCGGGGCCCCCAGGGCUUCAUGGGCUGGACGGUCUAAAGGGCGUCAAGGGUGAGAUUGGAUCUCGAGGGCUGGGUUCCACAGGUGAAAGAGGUGAUCAAGGACCAGAGGGAGACAAAGGUGAUCAAGGGGACCCGGGGUCACGAGGCCCUUCACAAACAGGUGUUCGAGGUCCGAAAGGACAGCGGGGACUGCAAGGAGAUCCUGGUCCAAUGGGUCCUCCAGGCAUUGUGGGUGAAGAAUGUAAGGUUCCAAUGUCUGGACUUUGUGGAGAACGGGGCUUCCCUGGGCUGGAUGGACCUCCAGGGCCCAUGGGGUUAAUGGGAGAGCCAGGCAAUGUAUUCACAGUGUGUGGUGAAUGUGGUGAUCCAGGUGGUCCUGGGUCACUGGGGUUUAAAGGAGAGAAAGGAUGCCGUGGGUCUGGUGGCACCCCGGGGUGUCAAGGCCCGCAAGGCCCAAAAGGUGAAAAAGGGUUAUGUGGACUUAUGGGCAUCCCGGGACUCCCUGGCCCUAUGGGUGACUGUGGGCCCCUGGGUCCCAGUGGUGCAAAAGGAGAUAAAGGGGACACAGGUCCAAACGGAGACCCUGGCAAUGUCAUAAAACCCACUACUUGUCCUCCUCCUCAGGGCCCUCCUGGUGAUCCAGGUCCACCAGGACCUAUCGGUGAAAUGGGCAGAAAUGGAGCUAAUGGCAGUGGGGGUCCAAAAGGUGAGAGGGGAGAAAGGGGAAUCAUUGGGAUUUUUGGACAAACCGGGCCCUCAGGAGAAGACGGACCUCUUGGAAACCCUGGAGAUCAAGGUGAAAGAGGACCAGCUGGCUUGAAGGGACCUCCGGGACCAGAUGGUGAUCCGGGUCCUCCUGGAAGAAAUGAGACACUUUCUACAGGCUUUCUUCUGGUGAUGCACAGCCAGUCUCGGUAUGUGCCGACUUGUCCUGCAGGCCUCACAGAGUUGUGGAAUGGCUACAGUCUGCUUUACCUGGAGGGUCAGGAGAGAGCACACACACAAGAUCUGGGCCAGGCAGGUUCAUGUUUGCCAGUGUUCAGCACGAUGCCGUUCUCCUGUUGUAAUAUGGACACUUGUGAUUACGCCAGCCGCAAUGACAAAUCCUAUUGGCUGUCUACAAAUGCCCCGAUUCCCAAUAAGCCUCUGAAAGGGCAGGAUAUUGAGGAACACAUCAGCAGAUGUGUGGUGUGUGAAGCUCCAACACCAACUAUUGCAAUACACAGUCAAGACCGUCUUGACCCAGUGUGUCCACCCAAAUGGAGGAGCCUCUGGACCGGAUUUUCAUUCAUGAUGUAUACGGGGUCAGGGGACGAGGGCGGUGGACAGUCUCUGACAUCAACAGGAAGCUGUUUGCAAGACUUCCGCAGUCAGCCGUUUGUGGAGUGCCAAGGUCCCCGUGGCACAUGCAGUUAUUUCGCCAGCAUCUACAGUUUCUGGAUGACUAUAGACAUGGAGCACAAUGACUCCAGUCCUCACGGUCCUGUGAUCACAGAGGAAAGGCAGCAGCGUGACAGCACCAGCAGAUGCAGCAUCUGCAUGAUGAAUGACCCCAACCAAUGAUACAAGCCACUGGUAUUUUCUAAACUGCACUGAGAAUGCACAUAAACACAUCACUUGUUGUUUGAGUGAUUGAGAUGCUUUUUGGUCACUUUGUUUUAGGAGAGGACA